UCAUCGUGCUGCUGGUGCACGUCAGUCGAGAAGAUGGCGUCUGGCAGUGCGCAUCGCGUUUGUGCGUGUUGUCACGCCUGUUAAUCACUACUCAACACACAUUUACACCCACAAACAAACACGUUGACACCAGCAACCCAAUCAUUACAACUCGACCAAUAAAACACCACACGCUCGUUAUCACUCACUCUGAUAAGAGGUGAUGUGUGGAGAGGGGCGUUGAGGACAUCUUCGUCGUAGCCGCCGCGUGAAUGUCGCGCCCCGCCGGUGUGCAGUGCGUGCGUAUCACGACGCGCGCGAACUUCCCGGAAAAUUGUUAUUGUGCGCCCGGAAAAGUUCACAAUCGAUGAGGGCGCGCGGCGCGCUGUACGAACGAACAAAACGGUUGUAAUUUUUUGUAUAAUACAUGUGAGGAUUCAAACCGGAAAUAACAAGAUAAAUCACUCAAAAUGGUUGUGGGCGAAGCGAUGAUCAACAACAUCAUGGGAGGCAUAGAGAACACGGGGAGUGUUCGCCUCCACAAUCACAAACGCAAAUUAAAACAACGAUUCGAUAUAAUAAAAAAGCUGGGGCAAGGCACCUAUGGCAAGGUGCAGCUCGGUAUCAACAAGGAAACAGGUCAGGAGGUCGCCAUCAAGACGAUAAAAAAGUCCAAAAUCGAAACGGAAGCGGACCUGAUACGAAUACGACGCGAGAUCCAAAUUAUGUCAUCAGUGCAACAUCCUAAUAUAAUACAUAUUUACGAAGUUUUUGAGAAUCGCGAAAAAAUCGUUAUCGUAAUGGAGUACGCCGCCGGCGGUGAACUCUACGAUUAUCUUUUUGUACGAAAAAUGCUUCCGGAGGACGAGGCGCGGCGCAUCUUCCGACAAAUUGCCACAGCGUGUUACUAUUGUCACAAACAUAAGAUUUGCCAUCGUGAUCUUAAGCUUGAGAAUAUCUUACUCGACGAACACGGCAGCGCAAAAAUCGCUGAUUUUGGUUUGUCGAAUGUUUUCGAUGACCAUCGCCAUUUGUCUACGUACUGUGGUUCUCCGCUUUACGCCUCGCCUGAGAUUGUCAAAGGCACACCUUAUCAUGGACCGGAAGUUGACUGUUGGUCUUUAGGAGUGCUAUUAUAUACGCUCGUUUAUGGAGCGAUGCCUUUUGAUGGUAGUAAUUUCACGCGAUUGGUCAAGUCUAUAUCGCAAGGAGAAUAUUUCGAACCACAAAAUCCUAGUCCUGCUUCCGGUUUGAUACAUGAAAUGUUAACUGUGAAUCCAAAAAAGCGCGCGGAUAUUGAAAAGAUUUGCGCGCAUUGGUGGGUGAAUGAAACCUACGACGAAUCGUGUUUAGAUAUCUCAGAAGAUCUGGCUAAUCAGACACCGGUACGAUUAGAUGUUCUUCUGAGUCUGAACCCACCGCCAGCACAACUCGAAGCUGAUAAAUUAGUAGUUACCGGUGAUCAAGGAGCGGAGGAAGUAAAGGCUGAACCAUUGGUGGCGCCACCUACACGGUCACAGUCUGUUGGAUCUAUUAUGGAGAUUAGUUCACCGGAAAGGCGGAUACAGGAACUUAUUGCCACUGAUAAGGAUAAAGUUACACCGAAAAGAAAAUUGGAAGCUACGGUUAGCACGGAGAAAGCGAAUGUGCCUCAAGAUGGAAAACGGAAAGAGAAAAUUGUCAAGGAGAAUACGAUAGCGGAUAUUUCUGCACCAGCGGCAACGUUUGAGGAAGAUGUUAAAAUGGCGGAUGUUGAGGAUCCAUCAAUGCAGGGAGCGGCAUGUGCGGAGAUUAUUGAAGAAGCUAAGAUUAAGGAAGCUACAAGGAAACAAGCUAGUCAAGUUAAAGAUGUAAAAGAUCCAAAGGAAAAAGUGAAACGAACAACUUCGGUAAGUCUAAGUACCAAAGUCUUGGAGGAGAUCAACGAGAAUCCAAGUCAAGAAAACAUCGCAGUUAUGAAAGAAAUUAAGGAAACGAAAGAAAAUAAAGAGAAUAAAGAAAACAAAGAUGUAAAUACAAAUAAAGUUGAAGUCAAAGAUGUGAAAGAAGAUGUUAAAAUAGCGGCAACUCCAGAAAAGAAGAAGAAGAGUGUCAGGAAAAAGCCUGCAGCUCUAGGUGAGAAGAACGAAACAGUCAAAACAAAAUCGGAAGUACAGAAAACAGAUACACCUGCUAUCGAAAAAGUAGAAAUUCCAAAGGAGACUCCAAAAGAAGUUAAAACUGAAAAAGUUGAAAAGAAAGAACCCACGCCCCCGAAAGAAGCUCCUGCAACAGCUCCUCCUACUCCAACAACUCCUUCAAAAGUUCCAGAACGAAGGCAAAGCCGAAUUUUCGAACAGGCAGAGAAAUUCCAAAGUCUAAUCUCAACCGGUGAAAAGGAAAAGAGUCCAGAGAAACAACAACCAAAGAAAAUCAUAAUUCCUGGUGUUAGUGUAGGCGGGUUUAAGAAGGAGUUUGAAAGGAAAGCAAGCCUCACAAGCACAUCCCCUCCCAAAUUGAGGGGAGCCGCCUCCAAGAAGUUAAUCAUCGAUGAUAAGAAAGAUAGUAUUGAUUUGGACAAUGAAUCUACUCCUUGUACACCCGGUGUGACAACACCAACAGUAACAUCACCUGUAAAACCAACAGAAGUGAAACCUAAAGUUGAACCAGUGAAAGCAACACCAAUAAAUGUAGAACCCACGCCAACAAAAGUCGAAGAGGUGGUUCAGACUGAAUCGGAAGCACCAGUUGAAGACGAACGUAAAAUCAAGAUGAAAAACGCCGUGAGUAUAAUCUCCAGUGCGUUGGAUAAAGAAGGCGCACGGAAGUCAAAGUCACGUCCUUGUAUGGUACGGAAACCGCCAGUGCCUUUCGGUGUUAGCGGACGUUCUGCUUCCGGCAGCAUUGGUGUAAUCCCACCUAUUGCCCAACCAACACCUAAGCCAUUCACAAGGGCUAUAUCUUCACCCACUCCCAAUUCUUCCACACCAGAAGUUGCAAAGUCUCCCGAAUCACCACUGUCUCCUCCAAGUGAACAAACAUCCUCAGCGGAAAUAACUCUUAAAUCAGCUACUCUUCCAAGGAGAAAGUCCACAAAAGCACAGAUACAACUUGACUACCCUAAACCCAAACCUGCGACAAUGGAAUUCAAAACUGAGAUGUCACAUCAUGUUCAAGCCCCACCUGCUACACCUCAACAACGAAGUGAGGUUACCGUACCCAUUACCAGUCCACCACCCUUUAUGGGCUUCAGAUCUGUAUCUGUUGGUGCUGCUCCAAGUCAUGCGGAUAUCGACGUUAGGAAAAAAGAACAUAUUAUUCCUAUUUCUUUCGAGCGUCCUUUGAACUCGAACUUGAGAGAAAGGGAAGAGCCUAUUUUGUCACCACCGACAAAACCACCUGUGCCACGUGGUUUCCAAUCACAGCGAUCGUCAUCUUCACAAAGGACAAACUCAUUAUCGCGACAAUCCACACAAGAAAGUGAUACAGAAACCUCAACAACAGGUGAACCUAUUAAGAAAUCACCUCGGGAGUAUAUCAUCCCUAUUGCAGUGGAAGGUGGUGGAUAUGUUACACCACGUGCGGGUAGUCUUGAACCUAGUGACACGUCGAGUACUGUUACCAAUAGCAGUCGGUUAUCUAGUUCCAAGUUUAGAACACCCCGGCGAAUGAUGUCGCUGUUUGAUCGUGAUGGAUCUGAGGACGAAUCUCCAUUUAGUAGUCUUCAUCGGCAUAGUUCCUUUGGGCGUGAUAGCGAUGCCGAAGGAGAGGGUUCAAAACGAGAUAUGUUCCACAUGCACAAACUACGUAGUUCUCGACCAAGGAAGAGCACCACAGAACAUGCGGAUUCAUUGAGUUCCGGUGAGGAUGAUGAUGAUGACGAUGGUUUCGAGUUUUUGACAGCUGAGAAUUUGUUCUCGACUUUAUUGUCAAGGGUUAGAGACUUAACUCAUCGUUUAAACGAUGAUCCAGCACGUCCAGUGUUCCCCAACAGUCGAUUCUUGAGCCAUUUUGAUCACGGUUCUAAGUUUUUCCCUCGAAUGGAAUCCCUGGGCACGUCACGCUCGCAUUACACGUUCAGAGAGAUGCGCUCGCUGAUAAACUCACCGCAUGGUAGACAAUUCAGCCGUGAGCGCAGUGUGAACAGUACCACACCAUGGCGACGCAGCGUCAGUCGUGAUCUGGCGACUGAUAUCAACAGCGUCUUCCAGGAUUCUAUGCACCCUACCCAUACAACUUCAAGCUCCACCUUACCGCGUGGAGAAACCGAAGCACAAUUGCAUCUCGAGGAUUUGAAUCUGAAAAAGCUUAAGCUCACCGAAGAGGACGCCCUCGCGCUGUCGUACCUCACGCCUGGAUUGUCACGCAGGAUCCAGAAGCAAUUAUUUGCGUCGUUGCCUCCGUCCGAAGCUAAGAAGAUAUCACGCACUAUGAGCAUGCGUGAAGAAGAACGCGAUCGACAAAGUAUGCCUCGUGAGGAGUUGAGUGCGAGGAGAUCUUUGGAUCGUGCUGCAGGAGGGGCAUCAACGCUGCCGAGGAGGUUCUCUUACGAAAAGCGAUGCAGCAGCCAACAAAAUCUUACCACUAAUACUAACAACAAUAAUACUACCAAUGGGAGUGAUACCGAUAGGACGCCAUCUUUAUAUGGGCGUGAUGUACGGGAUGUGACGUCACCUUAUGACACUGAUAGAUCAUCAAGUUACGACUCCACUGCCAAUGCAACAAAAGAACGACCACGAUAUUAUCGUGCUACUAGUCUCCGUGAGCCGAGCGACUUCCGGACAAAGUUCCAUUCUUAUUCCUUACGAAGUCCCGAGGCAAGCAUCGCGGAGAUUUCCUCAUUAAAAGACGACGAGUCGCCCUUAAGCACACCUUUAUCUAAGUACAUGCACACCAAGCCAAUCGAAAAGGAUAAGAGUGAGAAACCAGCCCGGAGAAUCUCGAGAUUUUUACGUCCUGACUUUUUCGAUCCACCUAAAGAGGAUAAUGUCGUCUCCAAGGAGAAAAAGGAACGCGAACGUGAAACUCAACAAGUCCUCAAGGAGAUUCGAGAUAAACGAAUUAAAAAUCGCUUGAAUCUCAGACGUGAGCGCUCGUUAUCGAAGGAAAAAGACAUUGACACUAGUGAAAUAAAAGAAGUCAAGGAUGUAAAAUUCGACACGGAGGAAAAACUGAUAAAGUGUAAGGAACUUGUCGAAGCGUUGAAAAAAGUCGAUAAAUGUGAGAAACCCGUAAGAAAAUCACCACCGAAGGAUGUUCCUACAGUGUCUACAACUACCCCUGCCCAAACUCCGACACAGAUUCAAGAUGGCGUCGUAACUAGUAAUGGAGUUAAGUUUAACGAAACAAUCAAAAUUGAGGAAGAUUCUAAAAAUAUGAAAGAGACUGAGACGUUGUUGAAGAAUGUUUCCGAUAACAUUAAAAAUAUCGAAACGAAUGUGUUAUCAAGACAACAAUCGCAGGAAACUAAAAAAGUAUCGAAGUUAGUGCGACCGAAAAGUUAUCCAGCGGAAAAUGGGGUUAAAGAUAAAUCUCCCGAAGGCACUGCUGAAGUAGUAGUCAAGAAAGUUUCCAAACUCAAGAAACCUUCUUCAACAACGGUCAAAACGAAAGAUAAGUCUGAUAAGGUAGCUUCACCGGAAAAGGUUGAGAAAUCCCCAGAGAAAACGGAAAAGUCAGCUUCAACUAAAAGUAAAUUUCUACAAUCCAUUGAGAAGAAGUUUGAAAAGCUUCGUUCACUUUCCGUCGACGAUAAACCAAAGGAAAAGUCUAAGGUCAAAGUGCCCAAGGAUGAAAUCGUAAGUCCUGAUACAGCAGCCGCAGCACCGAAAGCAGUCGAAUCAGCUAUAAAACGCUUACGUGAACAAAGCGUUCCGAAAAAUAUGGAUCACAUGACUGAAUCAACUCUUAUCAAAAGAGCUGUGUCUGUUGAAGACUUUUCCAAUGUUAAAACCACAAAUAAAUCACUACAACCAUCGCGGAAGAGUGUUUCGAAAAUUCUAAACUUAUUCAAGAAGUACGAAGACAAAGAUAAGGAUAAACCGACUGAGAAACCAAAAGAUGAUUUAGGCGAUAUUAAUGAAUCGAACAUACCGGCGUUUAAGCCACGUCCAGUGACCACGCCAACUCGGGAAGUGCGUGAUGUAACAUCUCCUGAAAAUGGUGAACGACCCAAGUCCACAUUUAUGGAUAAAAUGAAGAGAUAUAAUGGUUCACGAAGUGAUAACGUACUCAAUAAUACAAUAACCGAGAAAGUUGAACGUAAAUCUACGAAACUUCCAUCAUACCGGAAAAGUACGAAUGUUGAAAAUCGCAAUGGUGAUGACUUGAGUAAUAAUAACGUUGAAGUGAUUGGUGCUGAUGUGAAUGGAGUGAAUACUGAUAGACGUAAUCUAAAAUUAGAUCUUAAGAAUAUGAAUACGCCGGCUUCCUCGGAGUCUUCCGGUAUAGGACACACCCAAAGUGGUGAUUACAACAUCAAUCGCAUUUCGUAUACGACCGAUGAGAGUUCCACUCUGUUAUCUCCAUGUGAUGAGACUUUGAGUUGUGAUUCAUGGUCAGUUUGUUCAGAUUAUCACCAACAAGAUUUAUUAUCACCAUUGUCACCAAAUGGUAACACCUAUUCAGGUUCCGGUGAUGAGAAUGAGUCUGUUAUUGAUCGUAUACGACGUAAGUCAUUCUACACCAGGUUUAAUGAAAAAAAGAAACCAAGAAAAGCGAGUUUAGUUGGUAACUAUAAAGAUUUAGACCUUUACAAGGAUUACAGUCAACGAACAGUCAAAUAUAAACCUAGUAUGACCUCAUCAUUGGACUAUGGAGGUAGUUAUCGCCGAAGCAGUGGAUAUUCUUCUUCCGGCGAGGGUGAUCUUGAGUAUAGACCAUAUGUGCGGAGCAAAUCAGUGUCCAAUGACUAUGUCAACGUACCCAAUCGUUACCAGACGUAUAAUCCGAGGAGGACCAACAUUGCUUCAUUGUACUCGCCAUCAGAAGAAAGAAGCCGAGGGUAUGAUGAUAUCACGACUGGUGGUGGGACGUAUAAAAAAUACAAUUACAAUCAGAACAACGCAUCAAGCUCAUCACGCAUGAGUAGUUCAAGCAGGUCGAGUCGAUCACCAAGCGCUGACAUCCCACACAGAACCGGGAUUGGUUUCCAUCGCACAUCGACUACACCUGAACACUCAAUGUCCCCGCCAAUGAUGCCCGAUACGCCUCCAGUGCACGCAAACAGCAAUAAUAUUACUGAGCACAUGGUUUAAACACUCAAAACAGAGGUCUUAUGCUCUAAUCUAGGAUGAGAAUCUAUUUUACUAUAUUUCAAUGAAUAUUCCAGUCAAUUACGAUUUACUCGAGCAAACGAGCACUUAACUAAAACGAAAUACUCUUAAACAAGUUACAAACAUUUCUCAGUGGCCAAAAUAUACUGCGAGACACAAGACAAAUCAUUUUGCUUAUCGUUUCAUGCGCAAAAUGCAUCUGUUUGUACAUACUUAACAACUUUUGUUGUUUUACUUUUGUUUUGCUUUAAAAGAAUCACUCACAACACACACACGAAUAAUACUUAUGUGAGUAUACACACACCUUUUGUAGCUUUCUUUUAUUUAUUAUUCUUAUUGAUUAUUUAUUUCGUACUUCUAGAACGAUUAGGUGUUAAGAUAAUGUUUAAGUUAAAUGAAUAUUGUUGCAAUAUUUAUAAUAAUGGAAGCAUUAAAAAAGAUUGUUAACAUUUUUGGCAUAUCUGGUACGGUGAGCGAAUCAAAAGUUUUCGAAACGAACAAAAUUGAACCACGCAAGCAAAUAUUAAUAUAUUAAUUGUUAAAAUUAUAUUAUGAUAUAUUGUAAUGUUGAUUAAUUGAUACUCGUCGCGGGUCGAGUAAAUUUUAGGUUAACUAUUGCGACGCCAUGAUGAGUUAAGCGUUAAGUAAUGUAUGUUAACACACACGAUGCCAUUCGAUAUUAGGUUUAUAUAAAUUAUUGAUAUGAUUAGAAACGAUUGUACCGCGCAUAUACAUAUAUUUUGAGUUUGUGUGACACCGACGUUGAAUUUUGUGAUUUUAUAAAAUUGUCAAGAAAAUAAUAAUGAACGACAUUGAACGAGAAUGAAAAACCAAACAAAAAACGAAUAAAAACAAUGAAAAACAUUUUAAUGAAA